UGUGACUUUGUAACAAUUAAACGGGACGAGUUUCAAAUACAAAUAAAAGGACAAAAUGUUUGCCUGUUUCCAUUUGAUUGCUGCGCUCUUCGUCAUCGCCACAUUUAAAGACUUCAGUGAGGGACUGCGGCUGGUCGAGGUGCGCAUACCAAAUUAUGUGAUUAAGGGUGCCACUGCGCAACUGGAAUGCCUCUACGAUCUGGAUGGGGAGGCGCUCUACUCGGUCAAAUGGUACAAGGAUGGCAAUGAGUUCUAUCGCUAUGUGCCCAGGGAUAAUCCGCCGGCGCAAACCUUUCGCCUGCCAGGUGUUGCCGUUGAUUUGCACAACUCGAGCGAUGCGAUUGUUAACCUGCACAACGUCAAUCUGCAGUCCUCGGGCCGUUUCCGGUGCGAGGUAUCCGGGGAGGCGCCAUCCUUUCAAACGGUCACCGAGCAUGGCGACAUGGUUGUUGUGUCUCUGCCGGACCAGGGACCACCGAAAAUAAGUGGAGGACGUCCGCGCUAUCAGAUUGGCGAUUGGGUGCGCAUCAAUUGCACCGCUGGCCGCUCCAAGCCGGCUGUCAAUCUGUCCUGGUUCGUCAACGGUGAGCCCGCCGAUCCGCAAAAGCUGCGCAAAUUCGAGACAAUUGUUUCGGGUCGCGAAGGAUUGGAGACCUCCGUGUUGGGCCUGCAAUUUCGCGUCGAACAGCAGCAUUUUCGCAACGGCGACAUGAAGUUGAAGUGUGUGGCUGCAUUGUCGUCCUUCUACUGGCGCAGCAACGAGGAGUCCGUCGAGGGUGAUCGGCCGCAAAAGGCGCCGGUUUUGGAGUCACGCGAAAGUGAAGGCGCCUUUGCGAGCAAUUCACGCGCCGAUCCGGUGCAAGGUAUGUCAUACCGGGAAUUAUUUGUCACAAAAAUCUUAUCGUUUUUUAUUCAACCAAAUGCAGCCAGCAAAACGGACUCACUUUUAAUGGCCCGGGCGCCCAGUGUACUGUUGCUGCUGGCGCUGGCCACGGCUGCCACAUUGGCUGGUGGCGCCACCUUCUCCGCCGGCAGCAGCAGCAGCAGCAGCAUGGGCGGGGCGCGAGUGAUUCGAUCGGUUGGUAAUAAUAAUAACGAUAUUUGCAAAGAUAAACAAAAUGAUAAACUAAUAGAUAAUCUCACACAAUUCAUUUGUCAGUUGCUGCGACGCUCUGUGAGUGAUGCGUCGUCAGCGGCAGCAGUUGCAACAACAGUUGCCACGUCCAUGCAGCAGUUGUCUGCGCGGUAGCUGCAUUAAGUCAAAUUAGAGCCGCCCAUAAUAUAUGCAUUCAGCCCCGCCCAUAAUUUCCACUGAAUUUUCCGUCUUCGCUUCACAGAAAACUAAAUUCAAAUAUUUGCAACAUGAAUAAAAACGAGUAAAGAAAA